CUUCCUUCCUUUCUGCCUGGGGGAGGGAGGGGCUUGGCUGGUGGGAGGAAGGGGCUCCUCAGCUGGGAAGUGGGAGAAAAGCUUCCUUGAGGAGAGGCCUUUUGCUCCAUGCCCAGCCGGCUGGAGUCAUCAAGCAGGCGGGCAGGUGUGGGGAGUGAGUGCCCAGCAGACUGGAGUGACCAGGCAGGCGGGCGGACGUGCAGGCGUGGAGAGCGAAUGCUUAGCUGGCCAGAGGAGUUGGCAGUUCUCAAGGCCAAGGCUGCUUGCAGAAGAGGGAGACUUGGAUAUCUGGUCAAAUCUGACCCUUGUGCCUUCUCCUAAGUCAUCUCACGCCUUCCAUGGACUCGGUGGUCAAGGACGAAAUGCAGCCGGCCCUUCCCCCAGGCUCUUCCUGCCCAGGGCCAGAGUGGCCGGAGCAGGAGAAAGCAGAACAGCUGGCCCGGGGUGCAGCACUCAAGUGGGCCUCAGGCAUCUUCUAUCGGCCAGAGCAGCUGGCCAGGCUGGGCCAGUAUCGCAGCCGCGAGGUGCAGCGCACCUGCUCGCUGGAAGCACGCCUGAAGACAAUGGUACAGUCGUACCUUGAAGGUGUGCAAACCGGUGUGUGGCAGCUAAACCGGGCCUUGGAGGCGGUACAAGGAACACGGGAAGCCCUGAACCAGGCCCAUGGGCUGCUACAGGACUUGGCCCGAGCCUCCCAGGCCCUGGAGCCCCUGCGGGAGCAGGUCUCCCAACACAGGCAGCUGCAGGCCCUGUCACAGUUGCUACCCCGGCUGCAGGCAGUGCCAGCUGCGGUGGUCCACACACAGAGCCUGAUUGAUGCCCAGCAGCUCUUGGAGGCAUAUGUGAACCUGCGGGAACUGGAGCAGCUGCAGGAGGAGACGUGGAUGCCCCUGGGGGGCCUGGACUUGCCAGUUUUCCAGGGACUGGGCCCUCUGGCUGAAGCCCUUGGCCAAGCUGUAGAGGCCGCUGCAGGGGCUGCAGGACAGCUGGCGAAGGAGAACCCAGCCCUGCUGGUGGCCGCUGUGCGGGUAGCAGAGGGGGAGGCUGGACGUACAGCCUGCCUGGGGCAGGCCCCCCGGGACUGGCGGCAGCGCUUCCUGCAGGCACUCCAGCACGGCCUGGAGCAGCUCCACUUUGCACCAUCUAUGUUGCCCAGACCAGGGGCCCUGGCAGGGUGGCUGGAGGCCCUGCGGGUGGCCCUGCCUGCUGAGCUGGCCACAGCGGAGGCGCUGGUGGCCCCCUGCUGUCCACUGCACUACAACGUGCUCCAGCUGUGGGCCCGCACGCUGCACAAUGGCCUCCGCCGCAGCCUGCAGCAACUCCUUGCGGGCCCCGAGCUGGGAGCUGCAGAUGCCUUCGCCCUGCUGCACUGGGCCCUGCAUGUGUACCUGGGGCAGGAAAUGAUGGGGAGCGUGGAGCUGGGACCUGAGGCUGAUAUGUCCCAGUUUGAGCCACUUCUGACUUCGGAGAACAUUGAGCAGCUGGAGGCAACAUUCCUGACCCAAGUUCAGGCAAGUGUAACUCAGUGGCUGCAGAAGGCACUGGAUGGGGAGGUAGCUGAGUGGCACCGGGAGCAGGAGCCCAACACUGACCCGUCCGGCUUCUACCACUCCCCAAUGCCAGCCAUUGUGCUUCAGAUCCUGGACGAGAACAUUCGAGUAGCCAGCCUGGUCAGUGAGUCACUGCAGUGGCAGGUGCACAGCAUGGCACUGGCAGAGAUGGGCGCAUUCCUCCGGAGCUUCAGCGAUGCCCUCAUCCGGUUUUCCCGGGAUCACCUCAGGGGAGAAGUCACGGCCCCUCAAUAUGUGUCCCACCUCCUUGCUGCCCUCAACCACCAGUCAGCACUCAGGUCCUCGGUGUCGGUGCUGCAGCCCGACGUGGCGGCCCCGGGAGUCCUGGCCCCAGUCGAGGCCGCGCUAGACGAGCUGCAGAGGAGGAUCUGUCGCCUAUUGUUGGAAGAGUUGCUGCUGGAGCUUCAGCCCCUGUUUGCGGCUCUGCCCUCUCGCCAGUGGCUGUCGAGCUCUGAGCUGCUUGAUGGUGUCUGUGAGCGCACAGCACGCUUCUGUGGGGAAUUUGGGCACGUGCGGAGCCCCGAGGUCCAGGUGCGUUGGUGGAGGGGGCCUCGAAGGGGCAGUUCGGAGGAGACGGAGGGGGACCUGUCCUCAAAACAUCCGCUUGCCUCGCCUUCCCCUCAGCUGCUGUUGGCCGAGGCCGAGCGCGCCGUUGUGCUACAGUACCUGCGCGCGCUGAUGCAGGGCCGCCUGGUGUGUCGCGGUGCGGAUGAGCGCGCCCAGGCGGCGGAGCGCUUGCGGCACGAUGCCGCCCAGCUUCGGGAGCUCUUCCUGGGCUUGGAGCUGGAGGAGAGCGCACACUGCGCACCCGUGCUGCUGCAGCUUGGAGAGCUGCUGAGCCUCCGUGACCCCACGCUGCUCGGCCUCGAGGUGGCCGGUCUGCGGCAGCAAUUCCCAGACGUGAGCGAGGACCACGUCUCGGCGCUCUUGGACCUGCGUGGGGACGUGACACGAGAGCAGCGCCAGGCGGCGCUCAGCUCCCUGCAGGCGGGCCCGCCGCCUUCGCCGCCCGCCAGCGGUCGCCGGGCACUCUUCAGCCUCGUGCCGGCCCCCACGCCCUCGUCGCCAUCCUGUCUGCCCUCGGGGUCCUGCGCCUGACGCUGGGCUGCCUGCGGAACAGCCAUGGCCAACCCCUAGCCUGCUGCGCGUGUGCUUGGGUCUGUGUAUGUGUGUGUGUGUUGGGGAGAUGGGGAUGAAAUAAAAGUGCCUGUGAAGGCCGGGGCGUCCACCUCUCCAAGGUGUCUUGGCUCCAGU